AUGUCCCAGAUAAUCGACGCUCUUGUUAUCGGCGGCGGCCCGGCAGGGCUGGGUGCUGCCCUUGGUCUCUGCCGCCAAAACCAUAGCGUGGUUCUACUCGACAGUGUCUCAUAUCGCAACACUAUUGAUACAAUACCCGACAACCGGAUGCAUAUGGUGGCGACCUGGGACCAUCGACGUCCAGACGAAUUCCGUGUCGCUGCACGCAAGGAGUUGCAACGGUAUGAACGAUUCAAGUACAGGGAGGUCGAGGUUGUUUCUGUCCGACAAACCACAAGCACCCAAAGUGGAAAGCUCGAGGCUCUUUUUAACGCAAAGGCAGCUGAUGGCACUGAAUACGCCGCACGUAAGCUCAUUCUGGCAACAGGCGUCAAAGACGUUUUUCCAAAGAUUGAAGGAUUUUCUGAAUGUUGGGCUAAAGGAAUGUAUGUUUUAUCUCCAAAUUCCAACGAACUCUGUAUAGCAAGAGAGACUAAAUACAGAAGCUUCCAUUGCCUAUUUUGCCAUGGAUACGAGGAUCGUAACUCCGAGUCCGUCGGAGUUCUAGCGGUUGGUGAAUGUGCCGAAACAUCGACUGUUGCACGUAUGGCUCGCGCAGCCCAUCAGUUCUCGCGAUCUAUCACCAUAUAUACCAAUGGCAACUCCGAACUAGGCGAUCAGGUUUACCGACUUCUUGGCAAGGAAGGCUGGUGUUCCAUAAACAACCUAGGAAUCAAGAAGGUGUACAUGCCACAAAAGACGCCUGCUUCGCCAAUCACGGUGCAGGUCGAGUUAUCUGAUGGAACUACGAAAACAGAAGAUUUUCUGGUCCAUAAGCCGGCCACUGUGCAGGCUAGUGCAUUAUACACUCAGCUUGGACUGCAACUUACCGCUGAAGGAGAUAUCAAAGUCAAGGAACCCAUGUUUGAAACUUCAAAGGCUGGUGUUUUUGCAGUUGGGGAUUGCGCAUCGCCGAAUAAAUUUGUUAGUUCUGCCAGUACAUCGGGAGGAUUUGCUGCGGCUGGGGCUGCUAUGCAGUUGCAAGCUGGUUUCUAG